AUGGGCCUUCGACGUCGGGUGUGCGACAGGGGCCCGAGCAAGCUUCACACCCGUCCACUCAGCAGGACGCCAAAUAAACCGAAACCCAGGGCCGGGAUUCUGAUGGCCCUUGGUUACGUUGGUUUAGAUUUAAUGUUGAUGGACAAUAAUAUCAAUCGUCUUGAUCGGAGAGUUGAACGACAAUUAUUGCGAAUGGCAGAAAAUCCAUUUGAUUUAACGAAUGAAGAAUUUAAGCAGUUAUAUCGUCUAACUCCGGACAUAGUAUUCAAUCUUAUUGACGUAUUAGAACCCCAACUGCAGAAGACAAGAAUCAAUGGUCUCUCCGUAGAAAAACAAGUUCUGGCAGCACUAAGAUUUUAUGCCACGGGUUGCUUUCAACGUCCUGUGGGUGAACAAUGGGGCAUAUCCAUGAGUCAAUCUUCAAUUAGUAGAUGUGUGCAUAAAGUUACAGAUGCAAUUAACAAUUUGAUUUUUAGACAGUGGAUACAAUUUCCCAUUACAGCAGAAGCCAGGUACCAAGCUAAAUUGAAAUUUCAAAAUGCACGGCAUUCAUUUGAAGGAGCCAUUGGAGCAAUUGAUUGCUCUCACGUAGCGAUUAUUGCACCCAGAAUCCAUGAAGAAGCAUAUGUGAAUCAUCAUGGAUAUCAUUCACUAAAUGUGCAAAUGAUAUGUGACCCUGAUUUAAAAAUACUUAACGUGAAUGCCAGAUAUCCCGAAGCACGGCACGAUGCUUAUAUCUGGAAUGUUUCUGCUGCACGACGAGUAAUGGAGCGCGCAUACAAUCGUGGUGAUUCAGGUUAUCCUUUAGAACCGUGGUUGUUAACGCCUUUACCUCGAGAGUCGGAAGGAACGCCUCGUUUCGCAUAUAACGAAGCGUUGUGUAAAGCAAGAACAUGCGUCGAACGUCUCUUUGGUGUAUUGAAAGCUACUUGGAGGUGCCUUUCCCGACACAGAGUUUUGCAAUACGAUCCUGGUUUUGCGGGAAGAAUUGUAAAUGCCUGUGCAGUCUUGCAUAAUAUGCGACAAGCUAACGGGAUACUAUAUGCUGAUGUGUUGGAUGAGUUUCACAACGAAGUCCUAUACGAAAAUAAUAACGAUGCUGAUAAUAUUGAGGAUUAUAAUGUUCGUGGGCCACUUGCUGUUGCACGUCGGAUUCAAGAUCGCUUAAUAGUAGAAAGAUUUUAA